CCAACAUCAGAUUUGGUAAUUGUGAUAUAGUUUAUACAUUAAAGGUUAAUAUAAUAUGCAUUUUCUGUGAAAACAUGGCUUCAAACUCUUUUAAAAACUUGAUCUGAGCUCAGUUCAAGCUAUUUGCCAAACGCUGUGCCCUUCGGCAAAUCGUGUGUUAAAAGUUUUCGAUUACACAACAGUUGCCUCAAGGGGCGCAUUUUAACCAGGAAAAAUGACAAAAUUAUGCAAAUCUAAAAAAUAAAAUAACUAGCCAAGUAGCUGCAACUAUAAAUCUCUGAAACUAUGGCACUGCGACUAAUCAACAACGCUCUGCGCCGCCAGCUGGCCGCUCAGCUGCCCCAUAAUGCGCAAGUGGGCAGCGUUGCCUCCGUUCACACGCUGGACAAGAUUGGCAAGCGCGAAAUUGUUGGCUUUGGCUGGAACGGCACCGCUUGCUACGCGGAUCGUGCCGAUUAUCCAAUGCCCGCCGUCCGCUUCCGUGAACCGACCAACGAGAUCAACGCACUGCGCGCCAAGGAACAAGGCGACUGGAAGAAGCUCAGCCCCCAGGAGAUUAAAGCAUUGUACAGGGCCAGCUUCUGUCAGACAAUUGCCGAGGUGCAGGCGCCCACUGGCGAGUGGAAGAUGCACUUGGGCAUUGGCCUCAUCUUCACAGCUGCCGCCAUUUGGGUUGCUGUGCUGAUGAAUCUGUUCGUCUACGAUGAGCUGCCCGUCACCUUCGAUGAGGAGCACCAGAAGGCGCAGCUGAAGCGCAUCAUCGAUCUGGAGAUCAAUCCGGUCACAGGUGUGACCUCCCACUGGGACUAUGAGAACAAGAAGUGGAAAAACUAAGCUACUAACACACACACUGAGCAGUAAUUAAGUGAAAAGUGAGGCGACAUCUAUGUUUAAGUGGCGAUGUAUAUCCAGCAACCCCAGCAACAGUAGUGGAAAUUAAAGUUAUGGCCACAGCCAAAGCGAUGA